UCUCUCUCUUGCUGUUUCAAGAAGGGUGUGUGUGUGGGGGGGUUUCUCUUCUCCCUCCCCUCCUCCCCCCAUUCUCCUUUUGUUUCUUCUCGCAAGAGCUCCACAACUGCCUGACAUCACACGUCACACAUACAGCGUGGAGAAGGAAGGAGAGAGAAAGAGAGAGAGAGAGAGAGAGAGAGAGAGAGGAAAAAAACCCAGCUCCCCCCGCAGCUCCUUUCAAAAGGCACAGGCAGCCUCGGUCUGCCUUCGCAGAGCAGGGUGGAAGCGCAUCAGGCAGCUGAGCAUGCCUCUCCCAACUUUUGCACAAGAGAGGAGGAGGCAGCAGGGGAGAAACUUCAGGGUCCUCUUCUCCGAGGCUGCUGCGAUGCUGUGAUCUGGCCAUCAGCGAGAGGGGCCAAAACAAGCCCAGAGAGAGAGAGACGGAGGAAGAGGAGUUGCCGGAAUGGCUAGGCAGAAACGGGCUUGUGUCCUAGUAGGCUAACAGGAAGAACGCAGGGAGUUGGCAGCUGGCAGAGCUGAGGCUUCUCCGGGCUGAAAUCCCAGGAUGAAAAGAGGAGCCAGUGCCUCGGUUUCUCUCCCCCUGUCCUCCUCCUGCUCCUCCUCUUCCUCUGGGUCGGGUACAAAUGGAGACUUCUGAAGGGUGGCCCUCCAGGCGCCCGCGAAGCUGAGAAGCCGGCCUCCCCUUCCCUCCCGUGGGCUGCUCCAGAAAGGACCAUGGGCACCUCGGGGAGUGAGGAGAACUACAGCGUCCAGGCCACGGCCACCAUCGCCGCAGUCACCACCUUCCUGAUCCUCUUCACCAUCUUUGGCAACGUGCUGGUGAUCAUCGCUGUGUUGACCAGCCGGUCUCUGAAGGCUCCUCAGAACCUCUUCCUGGUGUCUCUGGCGGCAGCAGAUAUUCUGGUGGCCACCCUCAUCAUCCCUUUCUCCCUGGUCAAUGAGCUGAUGGGCUACUGGUACUUCAGCAAGACCUGGUGCAAGUCCUACCUGGCGCUGGACGUCCUCUUCUGCACGGCGUCCAUCGUGCACCUCUGCGCCAUCAGCCUGGACCGUUACUGGUCCGUCAGCCAGGCCAUCGAGUACAAUUUCAAGAGGACGCCCCGUCGGAUCAAAUGCAUCAUCCUGAUGGUGUGGUUGGUUUCGGCGUUGAUCUCCUUACCCCCUCUGGUCCUCAAGGAGAACCGGAACCUGGCCAAGGAGGACAUCCCAAAGUGUGAGCUCAACGACGAGCCAUGGUACGUCCUCUCCUCCAGCACCUGUUCUUUCUUCGCUCCCUGCGUCAUCAUGAUUUUGGUGUAUCUCAGGAUCUAUUUCAUAGCCAGGCGCCGGAACCGACAUGGCUCUCAUGCUAAGGGGCCCAAGGAGAAGGUCCAGGAUGAGAACAAGGUGAGCCUGCCUGAUGCUGCUCUUCCCGAGCAGGACCAGCCAAAGCCAGGAGAGAAAGUGGAGUCGAAUGGACUUCAGGUCACUCCCAAGGAAAGUGACCAAGCAGACUCCCCUUCGCUCUCUACCCAAAACUUUGCUCUUCAUAGCCAGGAGGGCAGAGAGCAAGAGCCAGACUUGACCAAUAGCCCUUCCCCGUCCUUGCCGGAGAAGAAACCAUCUUCAGAAUCCAGCACCGUGGAUUCCCUCCCUCGGAACAGCGUCCCGAGAAGCAACGGAGCUUCUACCAAGUCGCCGCCAGCCAUGGACACCUUGGCCACGGCCCAAGGAGAGAUCCAGCUGGUGAGGAAAGUCAAGACCCUCAGUGCCAACCCUUGGAAAAGGAAGGCCCACCUCAACCGAGAGAAGAGGUUCACCUUUGUUCUCACAGUGGUGAUCGGGGUGUUUGUCAUCUGUUGGUUCCCCUUUUUUUUCCUCUACAGCCUACGGGCCAUCUGCCCCUCGGGCUACUGCUCUAUCCCGGACAGCACCUUCAAGUUUUUCUUCUGGAUCGGCUACUGCAAUAGCUCCUUGAACCCCGUCAUCUACACCAUCUUCAAUCAGGACUUCCGCAAAGCCUUCCGGAAAAUUCUCUGCAGGCAAUGG